GCUCAAGUUUCCCCAUGUUUGUACUAUCAGGAAAGACAAGAUUCUUUUCCAGCUGAGGCAGAGGAAGAGCCGACCUCACAUGCUGAGCAGGAGGUGAAUCACAAGCCCAAAAUCUGCAGGCUGGUGAAGGGUCCUAGUGGAUUCGGCUUCCGUUUGAAUGCAACCAAGAAUAUGCCCAUGCAUUUCAUCAAAGAGAUACGGAAAGGUGGGCCAGCUGAUGCAGCAGGACUGGAAGAAGAGGACAUUUUGGUGGAAGUGAAUGGCGUGAACGUACUGAACGAAGCCUAUGAUAAGGUUGUAGCAAAAAUCAGUGACAGUGGUGACAGACUGACACUACUGGUGUGCAGAAAAGCAACCUAUGAAUACUUUAAGUCUCAGAAUAUUCCUAUUACUGCCUCUCUGGCAGAUCAGCUAUAUGACACUACUGAUCCUCCUGCUUAUACAGAGAACCCACCAGCAGAGCCAGAGAGGACCUCGCCGGAACCAAGAGAAAGGGCCAGCUCCUCCUCCUCUUCACUCUCAAUCGCCUCAGCAGAAGAUGAUGAUGACACACAGUUAUGA